AUGAAGAGAAAGGCGUCCAGAAAGCAAGAGAUAGCCAGAAAACAGCAAAGGUGUAAGCCAGUGACAGAUGUCAAGAAACUUGGGAAUAAUAAGACUGAGGUGCUGCCAGCAACCAAGACUCCCAGGUCAAAUAGGAUUUCCAAACAGGAAAACAAGAGCACCUUCCUCUUAGGCCAAACUAGAAAAGAUGAUUUAACGGACAAAUAUAUACCACUUUGCAGCCUUGGAGAAGGAGGCCAUGGUUCAGUUUUUGCUGGAAUAAGAAUAACCGAUAAACUUCCAGUGGCAAUAAAACAUAUUCCAAAAUCAUCUGUGAGGAUGCGAUCGUUGACAGUGAAUGGGAGUAGAUACAAGAUCCCUCUUGAGGUGGUCCUAAUGCAGAAAGCAGGUGGAGAACCAGAGUUGGUGGGCCAAUCUUCAGCCGUGUGCAUAUUAGAGUGGUAUGAUCUGGAGCACGAAAUUGUUCUGGUUAUGGAGAGACCAGUCCCCUCUGUUGACCUUUGGCAAUACAUCAACCACAAAGGUCCAAUGGAUGAGGAUAUGGCGAAGCUCAUCAUGAAGCAGCUGAUUGAGGCAGCUAUUAGAAUCGACUCGGCAGGCGUCUUCCACCGGGACAUCAAAACAGAAAACAUCCUCAUUGAAGAACACUCUGAUGGCCCCAGAGUACGAGUCAUAGAUUUUGGAUGUGGCAGCAUUUUGAGCAGGAGAAAUUACGGUUAUCGCAUCUACGUUGGAACACCUCAAUAUGUUCCUCCUGAGUUUUUUGUGGAUUGGUCAUACAAGGCUGGCCCCACAACAGUCUGGCAGUUGACUGCAGUGCUGUAUGAAAUGCUCGAAGGAUUCUCCCAUUUCGACACCGUACGUUUUAUAUGCAAGGUCUACAGAAUCAGCAGUAGGUUGUCCCAGGACUGCCAAGACUUCAUGAAAAUGGGUUUGGCUCUUCUGCCAGAGAAGCGUGCAACUCUAAAGCAAAUGCAGCAGCACUCCUGGCUCACCAACCCAGCCUCUACCAUCACCCAGCCUCUACCUGCACCAGGACCACCUCCCACCUCUCAUCUCCUGUUCUCUCCUUGA